GGAUUGCAUAGUAUGGAAACACCCGCAGAGGAACGGGUUCGGGUCUGAAUAAAACGGUUUCUGCUUGGUAUUAUCUCCAGUAAUAAAUUAAAAUAAGCUAAUAUAUAGAGAGAAGUAUUGGGUACUGUUAUUUUCUUCUAGAGCUAGAAGAAGCCCUAGUUUGUGCUCUCCACACGCUUCUCUGCAUACGAAUGCUUUGAUCAUGGCUUCUGCAACCUCUUCGCUCCUACGAGCUUCUCGCUCCGUGCUUGCUUCCUCUACUUCCAGUUCUGUUUAUAGAGCCUUCUCUCGUUCCGCUCCUCGCCGAUUACCCGGCUCCUCCGCCGCCGCUCGCUCCUUUGGCUCCGCCGUUCCGCGAUGGAGCCACGGCGUCGAUUGGCGCUCUCCACUCGGCCUCCGCCAUCAGAUCAGAGCCGUCGCUCCCCUCAUCGAACGCUUCCACCGGAAGAUCGCCACUAGUGCUCUUGAUAAUCCUUUCAAGGGAAAUCUAACGAGUCUCCCUAAGCCUGGUGGUGGCGAGUUUGGAAAGUUCUACAGCCUUCCGUCUCUCAAUGAUCCAAGAAUUGAUAGGUUACCAUACUCUAUCAGAAUUCUCCUUGAAUCAGCUAUCCGUAAUUGUGACAAUUUCCAAGUUACUAAAGAAGAUGUUGAGAAGAUUAUUGACUGGGAAAACUCUUGUGUGAAACAAGUUGAGAUUCCUUUCAAGCCUGCUCGCGUUCUACUGCAGGAUUUUACUGGAGUCCCUGCUGUUGUUGAUCUGGCUUGCAUGCGUGAUGCUAUGAAUAAGCUUGGCAGUGAUUCUAAUAAGAUCAAUCCUCUGGUUCCUGUUGAUCUUGUCAUUGAUCAUUCAGUUCAAGUUGAUGUAGCAAGGUCAGAGAAUGCAGUGCAGGCCAAUAUGGAGCUUGAGUUCCAGAGAAACAAGGAGAGAUUUGCUUUUCUUAAAUGGGGGUCUAAUGCUUUCCGUAACAUGCUUGUUGUCCCUCCUGGUUCUGGUAUAGUACAUCAGGUCAAUCUUGAAUAUCUUGGACGUGUUGUCUUCAACAAUGAAGGCCUGCUUUAUCCUGACAGUGUUGUUGGGACUGAUUCACAUACAACAAUGAUUGAUGGGCUUGGAGUUGCUGGAUGGGGUGUUGGCGGUAUUGAAGCAGAGGCAGCAAUGCUUGGCCAGCCUAUGAGCAUGGUGUUACCUGGUGUUGUUGGGUUCAAGUUAUCUGGAAAGUUGCGGAAUGGAGUUACAGCAACUGACUUGGUUCUAACUGUGACACAAAUUCUUAGGAAACAUGGUGUUGUGGGGAAAUUUGUUGAAUUUUAUGGUGAUGGUAUGGGUGAGCUAUCAUUAGCCGAUAGGGCCACAAUUGCGAAUAUGUCUCCUGAAUAUGGUGCAACCAUGGGCUUCUUCCCUGUAGAUCACGUUACAUUACAAUACCUCAAGUUAACUGGAAGAAGUGAUGAGACUGUGGCAAUGAUAGAGGCCUAUCUCAGGGCAAACAAAUUGUUUAUUGACUAUAAUGAGCCUCAACCAGAUAGAGUUUAUUCAUCCUAUCUUGAAUUGAACCUUGAUGAAGUCGAACCAUGCAUCUCAGGACCCAAGAGACCUCAUGAUCGGGUGCCUUUGAAAGAAAUGAAGGCUGAUUGGCAUGCUUGUCUAGACAACAAAGUGGGAUUUAAGGGAUUUGCUAUACCAAAAGAUGUACAAGGAAAAGUUGCAAAAUUUGAUUUUCAUGGGCAGCCAGCGGAGCUCAAGCAUGGUAGUGUUGUGAUUGCUGCAAUCACAAGCUGUACGAAUACAUCAAACCCAAGUGUUAUGCUUGGGGCUGGUCUCGUGGCAAAGAAGGCCCAUGAACUUGGUUUGAAGGUUAAGCCAUGGGUAAAAACAAGUCUUGCUCCUGGAUCUGGAGUUGUUACAAAGUAUCUACUUCAGAGUGGCCUGCAAAAGUACCUAAACGAACAGGGUUUCAAUAUUGUUGGAUUUGGCUGUACCACAUGUAUUGGCAAUUCUGGGGAACUAGACCCGUCAGUAGCUUCUGCUAUUUCUGAAAAUGACAUAGUGGCUGCUGCUGUGUUGUCUGGGAACCGUAAUUUUGAGGGCCGUGUGCAUCCCUUGACAAGAGCUAACUACCUUGCGUCACCACCUCUAGUUGUUGCUUAUGCUCUUGCUGGCACAGUGGACAUUGACUUUGAAAAGGAGCCAAUAGGAACAGGGAAGGAUGGAAAGAAUAUUUACUUGAGGGAUAUUUGGCCAUCCACUCAAGAAAUUGCAGAUGCUGUUCAAUCCAGUGUGUUGCCUGACAUGUUCCGAAGUACAUAUGAAGCUAUUACCAAAGGUAACACUAUGUGGAACCAACUCCAAGUUCCCACCGAGACCCUGUACUCAUGGGACCCCAAGUCAACAUACAUUCAUGAACCUCCAUACUUCAAGGGCAUGACCAUGGAUCCACCCGGAGCUCAUGGUGUGAAAGAUGCGUACUGUCUGCUGAAUUUUGGUGACAGCAUAACAACUGACCACAUUUCUCCUGCUGGAAACAUUAACAAGGACAGUCCAGCUGCAAAAUACCUUCUGGAGCGAGGGGUGGAACAAAAAGACUUCAAUUCAUAUGGAAGUCGCCGUGGCAAUGAUGAAGUGAUGGCGAGGGGAACUUUUGCAAACAUUCGUCUUGUUAACAAGCUCUUGAAUGGGGAGGUUGGCCCCAAGACAGUUCACAUUCCCACCGGGGAGAAGCUUUUUGUGUUUGAUGCCGCGCAGAGAUACAAGGCCGAAGGAAAGGACACCAUUGUUCUGGCUGGAGCUGAGUAUGGUAGUGGGAGUUCCAGAGAUUGGGCCGCCAAGGGUCCCAUGCUAUUGGGUGUCAAAGCUGUGAUAGCUAAAAGUUUUGAGAGAAUCCAUCGUAGUAAUUUGGUAGGAAUGGGUAUUAUUCCUCUUUGCUUUAAAUCUGGUGAGGACGCUGACACAUUAGGAUUGACCGGUCACGAGCGUUAUACUAUUGAUCUCCCGAGUAAAAUCAGCGAGAUAAGGCCUGGCCAAGAUGUCACCGUAACAACCGAUACUGGAAAAUCUUUCACCUGCACAGUUCGCUUCGACACUGAGGUGGAACUUGCUUACUUUAACCAUGGGGGCAUACUUCCGUAUGUGAUCAGGAACCUCACUAAGCAGUGAAGUCAUCGUUGAUGGAAAAUAUUAAAUGCUGUUGCCACUGCGUACCUUUCGAGUGGUAAUAAAAUGAGAUAAAUUAAAUUCAAUAAAUAGGAAAGGCAAUUUUUUGACACUUGAAGGUGUUUAUAUUAGGCCUGUAAAACAUCGAGUGCAUUGAUUAUAGAUUUCUCAUGUCUGCGUUCUGUGCCCAUUGAACAAUGGGGACGAUUGUAUUUUUGUAUAAGCUGACGUGAUCCGUGCCGAUGGCAGUGAAUAUUUUUUUAAUUUAAAUACUCCACUUAAUUUUCUUUUAA